CCGGUUGUAAUGUUUACUUUAAAAAAAGAAUGAAUUAAUAUAGAAAAAGAUGUCCAAUUUAAAAGUAGCACCAUUACUUAUUCCUUUACAUGUGUCAAAUGAACAUGUAAAAUAUUAUGGGUUUUUAAAUAUUUUGGGCCACUCAUACAGACUUGGUAUAACUGUACCACUGGAAGAGGGUGUACCUGGGGCUAGGCUAGAAUGUGAAUGGAGCUUACAUCAUAGACUCCAACAUAAAUACAGCUACAUUCAGCAGAUAUUGAGGCAAAAUAAAAGCCUUGAUGCCUUUCUCCAAGAUUUUAUUCAAAUUGCUGAAAGCUGUGUCAAAGAUUAUUCCAUUCAGCCUGAGUCAUGGUCUCAAUACAGCAGUGUCAUCUUACAGCAGAUACAGGAGAUUGGAUGGAGCAGGCUUGUAAGUUUAGAUGACAGUUUCUCAGUGAUAGAGCUCUCCCUGCUUGAUCCAGCUGACAGGAGACACACCAUUAAAAUUAUGCUCAAUAAAAAGGACCCAACAGCUGCUCCACAGUGUGAGACUUUAUUACCAGAGAAAUUUAGCUUCACCUGGUCAGGGAAGACACUUUUGAAGCAUGUGUUUCAAGAGUUUGAGACAGCUGUGAAUGGAUAUCAACAGUUCUGGGAUACAAUGAAAGAGCUGGAUGAUAAGUGUUGGGUGUUGGAACCUGAACAGCCAACACUGGCUACAGCUCACAGGAGGAUUGCUCUGGGCCCCAACAUCUCCAUCCAGAUAACUGUAAAUUGUCACCAACCUUCCACAUUCCCUGAGUGUCGUUUGCUGGGAGCUCUGUCAUCUACAGCUGAGCUAAGAGAGAAACUCAAUGUCAAUUUACACAGAUGGGACCCUGAGAGGUCGCUGUUAAAGAAUCUCCAAGAAGUGCUGGAUAUGGAGUUCCCAUCACAUAUAGAUACCAAGAAGGAGGAGCUGAGUGUGGACUGUGGGAUCUGCUACUGCCCCUACCAGGGUGAGGAGACGCCAGACAUAGUGUGUGAGGACAAGCGAUGUGCUCAUGUCUUUCACAGAAUAUGUUUGUAUGAAUGGCUAAGAAACCUGUCAGCAAGACAAAGCUUCAACACUCUCUUUGGUGAAUGUCCAUUCUGUGGCCAUGCUAUUCGAGUAAAGAUAUCGGCAGGCUAAGGCUAGCACAAAAUGGACUUGAGCAUCUUGAUAUUUUGUUGAUUCUUUAUGUAGAUAUUCUAUCAAUGAAAAUGUCAAAAACUGUCAACACUAUGUGGUGACUUGAAAUAUUAAAGAUGUUUUGGUAAAAUGAUAUUAUGAUAUAUAUCAAGGUCCAUAUAAAAAAAGGAAUUUCCAUGUACAAAAAUGUACUUAAUAAGGGUAACAAACCCCUGAUGUAAAUUAUGUAUAUACAGGACAAAACAGUAUUGUUCAAUUUUGUUUAUUUUUACUAGCUGUUAAACACUAUUGUGCUGAUGAGAAAGAGUAUUUAAUACUAUUGCAGCAUAAAACUGUUAUGUGUAUAU